AUGCACCGAGCAGCAGCAUACGUGCUACGUUUUUUAGACAACAUUUGUCGGAAAAAGGAAGGUCAAGUAUUGGAACGCAGCAUCCUAACCAGCGACGAACUACGACGUGCAGAAGAAGCGCUAUGGAAGGCAGCACAAGGUGAAAUGUUUCCGGACGAAAUCGCCGUUCUCAUCAAAACGCAAGGACCACCCGAACAGCGUCACCAAAUCGUAGAGAGGUCCAGUGAUAUUUACACUAAAUGGCCUUUUCUCGACGAAAGAGGAAUCCUGCGGAGUCGAGGCCGAAUCGGUGCUGCACCUUACGCGCCGACCGAAGCUAAGUUCCCUGUAAUCCUCCCCAAUCAACACCUAAUUACCUUUUUAAUUGUAGACUGGUUCCAUCGUCGCUACCGCCACGCCCACCGAGAGACCAUCUUCAACGAAAUUCGCCAACGUUUUGAAAUCCCGAAGCUGAGACGGCUGUUGGACAAAGUUGUGAGCAAAUGUACAUGGUGUCGCAUCGUGAAGGCUUCACCGACACCACCUGCCAUGGCCCCGCUUCCUGAGAUGCGCUUGAAGGCUUUCGUUCAACCCUUCACAUUUACUGGGUUGGAUUACUUCGGUCCGGUGCUGGUUAAGGUGGUUAAGGUGAAAAUGGUCAUCCACCGCAAUGCCUAG